AUGGCUUCCACGAUAGGUUGGGAAGCUAUUGCUGCCACUGAUAUUUCUGUUACUUCUGCUCAUACCGCUCAUUGCUCCACCUGUCUUGUCUCGCACACUGCCAGUGCAGACAGUCUGAUCAAUGAAUCUGGACGACUGGCUUCCUUGGUAGCCUCGCAAAUUGCAGCUGUUGCUCCGAUCAAUUCUUCGUACUCCACUGCACACGUGGUUGUUCCUCCUGCCGCCAAGGCUGCUCCCAUGGCUGCUCUCAAGGCUGCUACCAUGGCUGCUAUCAUGGCCGCUUCCAAGGCUGCUACCAAGGCUGCUACCAAGGCUGCUACCAUGGCUGCUAUCAUGGCCGCUUCCAAGGCUGCUACCAAGGCUACUACCAUGGCUGCUUCCGUGGCUGAAACCAUGACUGUUGCUGGCUUUCAAUGUCCGGCUAGAGCAGUCACUGACGCAUCUCCUCACUUGCUCAUUCUGGUGGCAGCCACUGGCCCGUUUAGCUGA